CUCUGGUUAUUCAUAUUCACCGGUGAAUAAUUACCAAACCCUCUUCUUGUAUGUAUGGUGGUUUAUGACAGACAUAAGAUGGGGAUGUUGGACUGUUGUCGGAAUAUUUGAGCCGUUGUGUUACCUUUAAACACCGAAUCAUCAGGUUAAUCCGCGACGACACAGUGUUUGUCUCAGGUAAGUUUUUCCAAGCAUCUUGGAGAACCUACCGCUGUUCUUCAGGAGACUUUAGUUGUCACACUUCUGUUUCUGCAGGGCUGAGUUUAGCCACAGCCAUGUUGUCAGCAGAGGAGAUCUUGAGCAGCACACGGCAGGUGAUCGCAGGACUUGAGGCUCUGCGUGGGGAGAAUCGCACGCUGCUGGACAACUUGCAGGAGAAGCUACUGAGCCGAACGACCAGUGAUAGCAACAACCUAGAUGAGGAGAAGAGUGGCAUCAUUUUACAGUCCCUGGACAGAAUCGAACUGGGAUUAGGGGAGGCACAGAUGAUGAUGGCUCUGUCGACACACCUGGGUUCUCUGGAGGCAGAGAAGCAGAAACUGCGUGCUCAGGUGAGGAGGCUGUGCCAGGAGAACCAGUGGCUGCGAGAUGAGCUGGCUGGAGCUCAGCUGAAGCUGCAGGAGCGUGAGCAGGAUGUGGUAACGCUAGAGGAGCAGAACAAACACCUGCAGUUCAUGAGCAGCAUCCGCAAGUACGACCAAGACGAACUGGUGCCGGAGGAUAAAGACAGUCUCUCAGUUAAGGAGUCCCUUGAUGAUCUCUUUCCCACUGACGAAGAAGAGCAAACACAAAUUUCUCAGCCACACCGCAGUGCUGUAACUGCAGCCCACCAAACAGGGUAUGAGAUCCCUGCCAGACUUAGAACCCUACACAACCUGGUGAUUCAGUAUGCCUCUCAGGGCCGCUAUGAGGUAGCCGUGCCGCUUUGCAAACAGGCGCUAGAGGACCUGGAGAAAACCUCUGGGCACAGCCAUCCAGAUGUGGCCACUAUGUUAAACAUCUUGGCUCUUGUGUACAGGGACCAGAACAAAUAUAAAGAAGCUGCCACUCUGCUGAACGAUGCAUUGACAAUACGUGAGGAGACACUUGGCAUGGAUCACCCAGCAGUUGCAGCUACUCUCAAUAAUCUGGCCGUGCUCUAUGGCAAAAGAGGGAAGUAUAAAGAAGCAGAGCCUCUGUGCAAGAGAGCACUGGAGAUCAGGGAAAAGGUGCUGGGGAAAGAUCACCCUGAUGUAGCAAAGCAGCUCAAUAAUCUGGCUCUGCUAUGCCAGAACCAGGGCAAGUACCAGGAGGUCGAGGACUACUACGAGAGAGCCCUGCAAAUUUACCAGAAUCAGCUGGGCCCAGAUGAUGCCAAUGUUGCCAAAACCAAAAAUAACCUGGCCUCAUGCUACCUCAAGCAGGGGAAGUACAGACAAGCUGAAGCUCUGUAUAAAGAGAUCCUGACACGUGCUCAUGAGAAGGAGUUUGGAUCAGUGGAGGGAGACGGAAGACCAGCUUGGGUACACACCAAGGAGGGAAGCUCUAGACAGGAAGGCUUGAAGCGCAGUGGUUCUUUUACAAAGCUUCGUGAAUCUUUGAGACGGAGCAGUGAAAAGCUGGUUAAGAAGUUAAAAGGGGCUGGAACACAAGAAACAGCGCCUCGCAAUCCUGGAAUGAAGAGGGCAAAUUCCCUCAAUGUGCUGAAUGUAGGAAUAAGGGGGAGUCAGGACACUGGAAGGAAUCUCAACAGGCUGACAGACAGUCGUGCUCUCAGCUCCAGCACUCAGAGUUUAGCCCGCCGGAGUUCUUUAAGUGGAGAAGGUUAAUCUUUCCUAGCCAAGAUCCUGCUCCUGUCUCCAUACGGCCACAUGAAUCAUGUUUAUAACCAAGAAGGUAUUUAUCUAAAACGUAAGUUUAAGUGGACCACGCUAAACUGGAGCGAACUAAAGAUUCUUCAGAGGAAACAGAUGGAGUAUAUGACACUGUCUAUGACGAAAGACAUGACGAGUCUUAUUUCUGACCCUACAAGCCUGUUGUACUUGUUUAUUCAUUACACGCAGCUGUAUUUAAAAUGUCCAGUUCACUUUUUAUUACAUUAUUACAUGUAAGCAUUAGUUAUUUCUAUUUAUAUGGCACAUGUUAUGGCUUGCAUUCUGAAGUAAAAUUUUAUAUUUAUGUUAAAAACUAAUAUUUAGUACUCACGUUGUGAAACAAGACUUUAUUUUUCAAUUUCAAAUGCAGGUUUCAAUAGGGUUUGGUGAUUUACUGUAGAUUCUGCUAUAUCUGUAUUUUAAAAGUGUGGGUGUGUAAAACCAGAAUGCAGUAUAGGUUACUCAGAGCUAGUGUUUUUGUUUUUAAGUGGUACAAACAUCCUAACUAUAAAUUGGUUUUACAUUUUUUGUUGUAUUCUAAUACAUUUAUUCACUUAGUUAAUAUACAGAUGCAGUAUUGUAAUGCUAUAGAUCAAAAUAAAACUCAGCUGUCAUUCCCAAUACUUCCAUCAAAUGGAUUUGAAUGUUGUGCUACCCCCAAAAUGUGGCUGAUUAAAAAAAGCACCAUCUAUAUAUUCUGAA